AUGUGUACUGAUAGAGUAAAGAAGAUGGAGGACAUUCAGGUUUGUUAUCGUGAAAAUCCAUAUGAGCCAAACCUUGUUUGUAACGCCCGCGUGUUUGGAGCUCCAAAUCUAUAUAAGCUUUACAAAUCAAGAGAAGAUCUAGAAGAAAAAUGUGAAGAAGAGGAAGAGGAUGAUACGAAUAAGAAUAUCAGCUUUGGUGAGUCAGAGAGUAACUUGGUAGCUAAAAUUCUUAUUAAAAAUAAAGUAGAAAACGAAACACAAAUUGUGGACUUUAUAAACUAUGUCUAUCGUCCAAAGUCAGAGCACUUUACAAACUCUCUUUUCAAGCUAACACAUGCUUCUGAUAAAACUGUUUUGGAGGUACUUCGGAAAUACACAGAGCGCUUCAAUAAGACUACGGUUUUGGGGUUCAACCAAUGGUUGAAGAAACAAGACAUCGACUUCUUAAAUCAGGAGCCUGAGCGAAAAGUAUUGAAAAUUCAAGGAUCUAAACCAGAAAAUUAA